UCACAGUGAGACUUCUCUGUAUUUGUUCAGGCAAACUACAACUACUGAACCAGUAGUUUUUAAAGCUUUUCUUUCUGUAUUGUGGAGCUCCACCACAAUGAUCAAUGUUCCUUUUUUCUGUUUUUGUUUGACUGCUGGGCUCACAGUGUCAUUUUCUCUUAGGACUCUGGACAAGCGUCUGAACUGCAAUCAACAGGGGCUCGACAACUGUAAAAUUAAAAACUGCUCAGACAAUCACACGGUUGUACGUAGACAACUUGCUCCGACUGGCCCAGAAUGGGGUCCUGAGCAUGUGGGACUCUGGAUGGACAAACAUGAGACUGUUUCUGUUUUGAAUGUAACGUGGAAAAUAAAGGCCGAUGGAAGUAUACGAGUACUUCUUGGAACAGAGAUAAAUAUUCAGGAUGAAAGUACAAAUCAAAGCAUGUGUGUGCAGUUUUCUUACCGAAUCGGACAACAGCUGAAUCCCACAUCUAAGAGGUGGACAUUUUCUUUGGAUGGAGUUGUGGUAGAGCCUGGCCGCACAUAUAUGGUGUCAGUUUUUAAUUUGCCAGAACCGGAUAUUGGAGACUACAGGAUUAGAAAGCAAAUUACUAUCCCAGGAUGUGAUAACAGGAUAAUCCAGAAGACCCAAGUGUGUCUGCAAAAUGGUAGUCUCUGGGAUCCUCACAUGACUGCUAAUGUGUCUGUGGAUAAGGAACACAAAGAGUUAUCUAUUGUUGUGGGUUUCGAGACAGCACAGUAUUCAGAGCUAUACCAAGUGUCUAUCCAGGGUCAUCGUUUCCAUCACAAGAAGAAUGUCUCAAAGGGAAACAGAACAUCGCUGAUUGUGACGUUUGAGUUUGGUUUGUGGAACCUGUCACAGUGCAAGAUGGUGUUGAUGAUUCAGCCGUUUUUCAUUGGAUGCAAGAAUGGCUGUCACAGCCCCAAGAAAAUGAUUGAUUACUGUCAGUAUUAUCCACCACGGACUUUAAUCGUGAAGGCAUCUGUGGGGCUGCUCGUCAUUGGUAGUUAUCUUGCUUAUAUACUGUGGAGAGCAUCUCAUAAAGAUCCUGUGAACUCAUCCUCAUCUGCUGCCAAGGAACAACCAGAAGCUUUUCAAGUGCAAGAGAGAAAAAGAGUCCUCAUCAUCUACUCCCUCGACCACCCUUUAUACAAAAACAUCGUUCUCAAGCUUUGUGCCUUCCUGGCGACCACAUGUGGCACUGAAGUGGUCCUGGAUCUGCUGGACUCCGCAAGACUGGGAGCGUUGGGAACCAUCCAGUGGUUGGACUGGCACCGAGAACAAAUGGAAAGCUCUUCAGAUAAGAUACUAAUCCUGUGCUCUCGCGGAGUACAAGCCAAAUGGAAAGCCAUGUGUGGUCACAAACAGGUUUUUCUGAGAGAGGAUGCCCGCUCACCCGUAGGCGACAUGCUCAGUCCAGCCCUCAGCCUCAUGGUCCCCCAUUUUAUCCGAUCUGCAUCAUUUGAAAAGUACAUAGUGGCCUACUUUGACGAUAUUUGUUGUGAAGAAGACGUUCCUUCACCUUUCAACAUUACAGUACGAUACAAGCUGAUGAAACAGUUUGAGGAGCUCUUUUUCAGGAUCCUGGAUAGUGAAAAGUACAAACCAGGCAGAGUGAAUUACAUCAAAGGGCUUUCAGAGGACAAAUACUACCACUGUCUGUCAGGUAGGGCCCUGCGGGAUGCCAUAGAGACGUUUCAUGCAUAUCAGCUGGAGCAUCCACAGUGGUUUGAAGAUGAAUUACUGGAAAGCUCACAGUUGGAAGUUGAGGAGGCCUCAGCUGAGAUCUGUGAUGAUGAAACAAACCUUUUAACACAACCCAACCCAAGUCAUCACCAUGUAAAUACACAAGAAAGUGAUUUCACUGCCGACAAAGCAGGACUGAACAUGGCUGGAGAGUUUCAAACGUACACCUCAAUUGGGUUCAACCCUCUUUAUGCUGAGAACAUACAGCAAGUUUGAUAUUAUCACAUUAGUGUUUUGUGGCAUCUACAGACAACUAUAAAAAGCACUUCACCAGUUAUUCACUUAUAUUGGACAUGAAACACAAGCUAUAAGUGGAUCCAGGUCAUGGUUAUCCAAGGAGGCUUGAAUCAAGGGUAACUGGACUUGGUUGUAGAAACUUGAAAAUGCCACAUUGGCUGUUAUGUGUGGCCAAUGGAUGAAGAUGACUUGUUGGAUCUGUUAAUUCUCUCCAAGCAGUUACUAGAUUGCAGAGUGAUUUUUUUUUUAAUAAAUGGAAAUAUGUGGACACUUAAUACACAUUUGUGAUUUCUGUAAUAGAUUUUGCAUUUCGCCAUGUACAGUAUCUGCUUAUCCUUUUUUGCACGUUGCAUCAAAGUUAAAUAUCAAAUACUUUCACUUAGGAGACAAUUCCAGAGUAGCUUAGACCACAGAGAUCUGUGUUUGAUUCUUGUGGGCUGUGUAAACAGUGUCUGGGUCGAAGUUCAACCUCCUGGGCAAAGUUUCUACCAUGUUUGGUACGCUGGAGAAGGUAAGAACCAAAAUCCUGUUUGUGGGACGCUAUUGUUCUUUAUAUGGAGCUGAUUAAAUGUACUUUUUAAUAACUCAAACAAUGGACUUUUGAUAGAGUUGCCAAUAUUUCUACCACAGCUAAAUGGUCUCCCUCCAUAGAGCAUGUUAGAAAUGAAUUCAUGUAGAAGUUCCUUUAGAUUGAUGUGGCUAGUCACAUGGGUUUGAAUUGUAAAUUGUGUUUCUUGAUGAGUCUCUGAUCCACUCAGACUCACUGAUGUGAUAUUAGAUAAAAGCAACUGUUAGACUUACAGUGCUGGCACAAAAACAGUAGUAAAGCACUGACUAAAAUUUUUUUUGACUUUCUGUCUCAGAUAACUGACAAUAUAAAACAUUUCUGCUAACAACCUUUGGUGCAUAAAUACGGUGAAGCAGGAAA